AUGAAGGAUGGUCACGCUAUUGUGGCAGACCUCACGAAGGAGGCAGACAUGAAGCGUGCCAUUGAGGAGGCCAUCACCAAAAUGGGUGGACUAGAUAUCCUUGUGAACAGCGGUGGCGCCAUGAACGAUGAGAUGGAAGGUCAGAGCGAGGAUGCCAUCCUGGCUGCCAUCAAGCUGCACGUGACAGGCAACCUCACCCUCAUACGAGCAGCUGAAGAGGAGCUGGUGAAAAACAAGGGGGCAGUCGUGAACGUCUCAUCAGUCGCUGCGAUCAUACCAUUCCCGAGCAUGAACCCCUAUUGCGUAGCCAAGGCGGCCCAGGACACACUCACGCGGAACCUUGCCCUGGAGUUUGCAACCAAGGGUGUGCGCAUCAACUCGGUCCUGCCAGGUGCGAUCAGGACAGAGGUGUUUGAGCAAAUGGCGGAGAAGAAUGGCAUCACAGCUCAGCAGGUGGCAGAUGAGCUGGCAGUCCGCCACGGCAUGCAGCGUGUUGCAGAGCCAGAGGAGGUUGCAGCCCCCGUAGUCUUUCUCGCCUCGGAUGCCGCCUCCUUCAUCACUGGCGUCAAUCUGCCAGUCGAUGGAGCUGCAACGCUGGGCUUCUGGUUCAACGCCACCAAAUUUCCAGGAUAGCAGAAGUAGUAAAGCAGCACUCGUGCUGACAAAAUAAAGAGACCCGGACACUUGACUCGAUCAGCUGAUUUUGGAGACCUCAGCUUUGACAACCUCUCAGCACUGCUAAAUUACAUGUACAGCGAUCCCAAAUAUAUUGCAGCCCAAUUCUUUUGUGGCGGUCUUUACAUGCAAAGCAAGUAUCCUGCAAGAUGCUGCUGUCCAGGCAAAGUUUGUAUUUUGCACAAUAACAUGCACAUAGAUUAAACUUUGCACACACUGGGGUUUAUUGAGUUUUUUUUUAACUUGAACAAAUUUGAAGGUUGUACCCUCGUCUCAAAUACAUGCACCUCUCAGGGCCAAGCUUGCUAGGAGUCAAUCAUUGACAUGAUGUCCUGAGCAAGUGAGAUCUUCCAAGCUUAUUUACGAUUUCCAAAGCACAUCCAAUGAAGACUUCAUUAUGAAGUGCUUUACUAUAGCCGCUAUACGCGGCGUUGCUCUGCAGAGCAAUGUCUGGCAGCUGCCAGACUGCACUGGUGGCGAGGCGCUUUGUAAGAGUUCAAUCAC